AUGGUUUUCCUCGGUGGCAUUUGGCUGUUUGGUUACUCGCGCACCCAGAAGCACAUCACGCUGAGCAGCACAGAAGCUGAAUAUGUUGCUUUGGUUGGAGGAGCGUCAGAGGGGCUUUUCUUGAAGGCCGUGGUGCAACAUUUGGUUUGUGGCGUGGUGGAGCUCAAAGUUUUGGGUGACAACACUUCAGCAAUUGCCAUCGGAAUGCGAGAGGGUGUUUCGAGACUGAAGCAUCUUGAUGGACGUUUGCUAUGGAUGCAACAACGUCAACAGCUUGGAGACCUACAACUUCGAAGGGUAGAUACUUUGACAAACCCGGCAGACAUGGGAACGAAGGUUCUUGGAGGUCGACGGGUACGACUUCUACUACAUCUACUUGGUUUCCAGAGUGACGAUGGUGACCUGGGACAUGCAGAGUUUGAACAGGAGAGGCUGAAGAAGGAGAGCAGAGAACAGCUGCCGGCGAUCAGAAAGAUUGUGCAAGCUGAAGUUCCAGAAGCUCAACAGGGUCAGAGCAGCACACUUCUCAACAAGGUGGCAAAGCGUUUGCUGAGGCUAUCAGUUGGCACUUUACUUUUCGGUGAAGGAGAAGCCUUGAGCCUGCCCUACAACAUGGAGAGCAAUGCACAGUGCUUUGUUUCAGUGGAGACGACCGAGGUCACUACCCCGUGGACUAUUUUCUUCUUGGUGUCCAUCAUCGUGGUUUUGGUGAUCGCGGUCAUGACGUUGCUGAAGAUUAUGUACGUGAUGCACCUUCGGAUCGAAGCAACAAGAGAAGCAAUGGAUUGGGUCAGAACGCAGUGGAGACAGUCGAGAGACAGGAGAAUGAUCAGAGAAGAGGAGCAGCAACGACUUGGAGUUUGGUUGAACGAUACCGAUGAAGAGUCUGGAGGUGAGAAUGAGGAGUUUCAAGAAGAAGAACAACUUCCAGGAGAAGAACAACCAACAAUGAAUGGAGCUGCGCAUAUCCGCAGAAUGGCCCUGGAGGAGUUUCACAAUGGCAUGGAAGAAGGUGGAGAAUUUGAGAUGGAAGAGAUCGAAGUUGAAGUCGAUCCUGGAGCUGAAGCUGGUGGUGAUCGUGCGGUACCACUAGGUGAUGGAGCUUAUGAUUUCGACUUCGACGUGGAUAGCAUUUCAAUUCAUGGUGAAGGACCUUCAGGUGAAUGCAAGAUGGAGCAAGAACAGGAAGAGGAAGAGAGCGACGAUGACAUGGAGACGGACUAUGGCUCAGUUGGCAUGGUGGACGAGGACUUCAGUGUCUUUGAGAACCUCGAGCCGACUGAGUAUGACGACUUCAGGUUCAUCGUGCUCAGUGAAAGUCGCGGUGUGGAGCACUACAUCGUGCGCAAGCUGAGUUGGCCGGUCACCAGGGAGAUUUGGAUCGCGAUACAGGAGCUCUUUGCAAUGCACAAGGCAGUUCAACUUGGAGGAGUUGAAGAGCGCAAGAAGGUGAUCCGUUUCCUACUUGCAAGGAAGAAAUACCAAUUUUGGUAUGAAGCUGGUCGCAUUCAACCUGGUGAAUCCUUGGAGGAGUCGGACAUGCCAGAUGAAUGGUUAGCAGCCCAUUAUGGAUGGGGAGAACCAGUUGGAGGGCAGCCAUAUGAAAGUGAUGAUGAAGGUUCAUGGAGCCCGAGUGCAACAGGAAGCGUGGCCAUCAUCGAGGACACGGACAUCGGAGCUUCGAGCAGCGCACAUGCACCAGCGCUGCCACCACCACCUGUCGUCACAGAAGAACCUGGAUCAACAACUGAUACACCAGGAGUGACUGCAGAGCCAAAGGCCAAAUCGAAAGGAAAAUGCGGUGGAAAAGGUACAACAGUGCUUUGGUCAAAGGACCCACCGGUAGAGGACGAUGCAGACGGGCAUGUGUGA